UACCACUUUCACUUGGACUCGGUACAGGCUCUCAACCUCAGCUAUUGAUCAAUUAAACGACUAACCAAGCUGCCAAAAGGACUACGCCACAAAUAUGUUCUCCAUGUGCUCAAAGGUGAAGCCAAGGAGCGAAGAGUUCAGCUCGACGCCGUCGCAGCAGCAACAAUUGCAGUUGCAGCAGCAGCCCUCGGGCACGGGAGGGAAGCAAAUCAAAGGCGGCUACCUGCUGCGCUAUAAAAAGCACAUGCUGUGGAAUCGAUGGGCCGAGGAGUGGGUCAUACUCUACGAUGACUCGACCAUGGCGUGGUUCACGGAGCCAGGCCGCUCCUCGCCCUCGGGCAAGAUACUCGUCAAGGAGGCGCCCGAGAUGCUGGCCAUUGCCCAUUGGACUGGCCAGAUACCGCGUCGUCCUCCACUGCCCGAUGGCGUGAGUGUCUCACAGCUGAUUGCGCUGGGCUCGCGACGCAAACGUUCCAAGGUUUACUGGAUGCUGGCCAAGUCGGAGCAGGAGGUGAGCGACUGGAUCGAUGCCAUAACCAAAACUCUGCCACCGCCGCCACAAAUCGAACUGGUGGUGGACAAGCCGCAUCUGAUGAACGUGCUGCGGCGUCCACUUGUGCGCAUAAGACCGGCCACCAACUCGGAGGUGAAGCAGCGCAAGAGUUCCAGCAACAGGCAUCAUCGCAACACCUCAACAUCGCAUUCGACGGCGACAUCGACGUCGACGGCCUUGACCACUCAGCGCAUCAUGUACGACCAGAAUCCUUUAGUCAAGAGCGAUGCGGCUGUGGCGAUUCUGAGCAAGAAGCCGGACUCGAAGGCCUCGCUGGCCUGUGCUCUGCCCUGGGGCCAUGGCUGGGGCUGGGCCACACUGCCCAACGGAGUGUGGAGCGGCGGCCUCACCUGGUCGCAGUGCGAAGACACCUUCACGCUCCACGCACUGCCCACCACCCACUGCACCAAUCUGAUCGACACCUCGUGCAGCGGCGCCGUCUAUCACACUGACAUCGGUGGCUUCGAUUUCCACUCGACGGGCGUGGACGAUCUCGGCGGCGAGGACUUUGACUAUGCCAUGGACUGUGGCGAUUUCAUAUUUUAAGCGCAUUCCGUCAACAACUUUCCCACACAUUCGACAGAUCAAACCCACCCAAGAAGGAAGGAGAAAGAAGACGAUGUAGAGAGAGAAUCAGGAGGUAAUCGCAUUCGUAGUAUAAAGUGUGCUUCAAUUGUCCCUUUGUGUUAGGCGUUGCAAUUAGCAUAGACAAGGAUAGAAUAGCCAAAAGAACAUGUUCACACACUGCGUAUACGCAAUUUAUCGUUGGCAGUUGCGAUGCCCCAAAAAGUAGGCAACAGUUUUGGCAUGAAUCGUAAUCGAAGCGAAGCAGGAAAUGAGAAACGAGAAACG